AUCUACUGUAUAUUAUUCAGUUUUCUCAUAUUAAUUCAUUUGUCCGAGAGUGAGAGAUCGAGAGAAGUAAUAGUAUGGAAGAUAUAGACGAGGAGGGGGAUGAGCUUUUGAAUCUCAGCCUUGCAAUUGUUACAAACUCAGGCGGUGAAAGAAUGAAAAAGAGAAAGAGAAGGGAUAAUACUACUAGCAGCGAUUUCAGUUCAUCAUCAUAUGAAGGUUGUGAGGGGAAGAUAUUCAGUCUUCUUCAAAUGAGGGAACAAAUGUUAAAACUAGAGCACAAGAAGAAACGAGGAGGAGCAGGUAAUGAUAUUGUUGAUGAAUUAGAUGGUAAAGGCCUCCAAUUAAUCCGCAUGUUGCUCAUAACAGCCACUGCCGUAAAUGAAAACAAUGUGAGCUCAGCUUUCGAGAAUCUUACAGAGUUGUAUAAAAGUGUUUCCUUGUGCGGCGACUCAGUGCAACGAGUUGUGGCUUACUUUGCAGAUGGCUUGGCAGCGAGGCUUCUCACCCGAAAAUCACCAUUCUUCGACAUGAUUUCCAAGGAGCCAACGCAUGAGGAAGAGUUUGUAGCCUUCACUGCUCUCUACCGGGUUUCCCCCUACUACCAGUUUGCUCAUUUUACAGCCAACCAGGCCAUAAUCGAGGCAUUUGAGAAAGAAGAAGACAAGAACAACCGUUCCUUGCAUGUAAUCGAUUUCGACGUCUCCUAUGGCUUUCAAUGGCCUUCAUUGAUACAAUCUCUUUCCGAAAAGGGAAGCAGUGGCAGUCGGAUAUCCCUUAGGAUUACAGGGUUUGGAAGAAGCUUGGACGAACUGCGGGAGACGGAGAAUAGAUUGCUCAGCUUUUCCAAGGGAUGUCGCAACCUCGUCUUUGAAUUCCAAGGAUUAUUGCAUGGCUCAAAUCUCAUAAACUUGAGGAAGAAGAGAAAUGAAACAAUUGCGGUGAAUUUGGUUUUUCAUUUGAACAGCUUGAACAAUGAUAUCAAGAUAUCCGACUCGUUAAAAUCUGUACAUUUACUUAACCCUUCGAUUGUAAUGUUGGUUGAACAAGAAGGAAGCAGAAGUCCUCGAAGUUUCUUGUCGAGAUUCAUGGAGUCUUUGCAUUAUUUUGCAGCCAUGUUUGAUUCCUUAGAUGAUUGCUUACCGCUAGAGAGCACGGAGAGGCUGAGAAUCGAGAAGAACCAUCUGGGGAAGGAGAUCAAAAGCAUGCUCAACUACGACAAUAUUAUGGAGGAUCGUAAAACAGAAAAGUCGACGGAGACAUGGAAAGCGAGGAUGGAGAGUCAUGGUUUUGAAGGAGUCAAUCUAAGCUCCAAGUCCAAGAUCCAAGCUAGACUUCUCUUGAAAAUUAGGACCCAUUAUUGUCCCCUUCAAUUUGAAGGAGACGGUAGUAAUGGUAGCAGUACUGCAGCUGGCUUCAGGGUUUUUGAAAGAGAUGAUGGAAGGACACUUUCUCUAGGAUGGCAAGAUAGGUAUCUUCUUUCAGUUUCUGCAUGGCACUGUCACCGUGUAUCUUAA